UUCGGAGUUGGAAAGAGAGUAGAGACGGGAGAGGAAGGUGAAUAACUAUUAAAAGACUGCACAACGUUUUGGUGUUCCAUGAAAGAUACGUUGUUUGCACUUGGAUUUCUGCAAAGUUUAAUGAAGUCCCACCGGGACUGGGGCAGAAAAGAAACUGCGGCCUUGCCUUAAAAGAAAGUUUUAUAAACUAGUUCGUGAGUGCGGGACCUCGACUUUUUCUUUCUAGCGCGUGGGUCUUGCGCGAACUCCGGAGAAAAUGGGCACUCGGACGAAUGUCCGAAAAGUGUCCGGACUCAUCAUCUCCUUGAUAUUUACGUUUCAUCUGACCAAUGUGGCGUUGAGCUCGAAGGUGUGGGGAGAAGUGCCCGUCCCAGAGGACUUGGAGGCCAGCCGUGGGGUCCGGCAGGCCCAGCGCUACCUGGACGAUGACGAGGACUUCGCUGCGGACGGAUCAGGGGAUCUUCCCAGUGGAGAAGAAGAAGGCAGCACCCCUGUCGGCCCCAUAACCACUAUCUAUUACCGCGCGCUGGUGAACUUCACCAACUCCAUCACAUACAGCCCCGACAUGCAGAUGAUCUCCUCCCCCUCCUUCCUGGAGAUCUCCGAGGCUGUAGUGGAUACGCUGGAGUCGGAGUACAACAAGAUCUCUGGAGUGCAGACCGUCAAUGUGGUCCUAAUCAAGCCGAUCGGCCGUGACGUGUUUGUGGAGCUGGACGUGGGCACGGAGUUCAACUACAACGAGGCGCAGAUCCGCAGUGUGCUGUACGAGGUGGUGCAGGACGGCUUCAUCGCCAACUACCUCACCUCCACACAGGGCUUCCAGUUCCGCCAGCUGGGAGAGGCUGAGCCUUUCCCCCCUGUGGAGCCCCUAGUACCUACAGUAGCCCUGAUCCCCAGCCCAAGGGCCUGUGUCCAGGAUGAGUUUGUGUGUGGCGACGGCACCUGUAUUCCACUGGCCUAUCGCUGCGACCAGAGAGCUGACUGCCGGGACAUGACUGACGAGAUGAACUGCGAGCCCACUGUCCCCCCUCCGCGUCCCCCGGUGCGGCCCAUCCCCCCCGUCCCCCCGGUGAUCCCCGGCCCCUGCCGUGCCGACCAGGCCACCUGCCAGAGCGGAGAGUGCAUCUCCCGCGAGUACCUCUGCGACGGAGAGCGCGACUGCAGCGACGGCAGCGACGAGUUUAGAUGUGGCACACCGUCUCCGUGCGAGCCUAACGAGUUUAAGUGUGCUAACGGGCGCUGUGCCCUGAAGCUGUGGCGCUGUGACGGAGACAACGACUGCCAGGACAACUCCGACGAGAUCAACUGCCCCACUAAGGGCCCUGGCGACACGUGUGCCCCAGAGCAGUUUGUGUGUGUGAGCGAUAGAAUGUGCAUCCCGGCCAGCUACCAGUGUGACGAGGAGAAGGACUGCCAGGACGGCUCCGACGAGAUCGGCUGUGUGGCCCCCACGGUGAACAGUCCUCCAGAGGAGUCUGUGCGGGCGGAGCGCGGCGCCACCGUCACCUUCACCUGCACGGCCGUGGGAACCCCCACCCCUAUCAUCACCUGGAGACUCAACUGGGGACACAUCCCCGCCAGCUCCAGGAUCACUAUGACCAGUGAGAAUGGCCGAGGCACUCUGACCAUCCGGGACGUGAAGGAGGGAGACCAGGGUGCUUACACGUGUGAGGCCAUCAAUGCCAAAGGCCUGGUGUUCGCCAUCCCUGAUGGAGUCCUCACACUCAAUCACAAACAAGGUAACUGCCCUGACGGCCAGUUUAGCGUGUCGGGACGCUGCAUGCCCUGUUUCUGCUUUGGCAUCACCAAGAACUGCCAGGCCACCGGACGCUACCGCAACCAGAUGUCCCUGAGGUUCACCGACGAGGACGACUACAAAGGAGUGAAUGUGACGUUCCCGUCCAAUCCCAGCAGUCGUCCGCUGACCUCCACCCAGAUGCUGGUCAACCCAGAUGAGCGGGAGUUCCAAUUGGUCGACCUGGCCCGCCGCUUCCUCAUCCAGGAGUCCUACUGGACGCUGCCAGGACAGUUCCUUGGCAACAAGGUGGACUCCUACGGCGGUUCUCUGCGCUAUAAGAUCCGCUACACCCUGGCGCGCGGACUCACCCAGCCCAUUGACAAGCCCGACGUGAUGCUGGUGGGCAACGGCCAGAGGCUCCUGUACAAGAAGGCCGGCCCCCUCUCCCCUCAGCGCACCAACGACAAGGACAUCAUCUUCAGGGAGGAACACUGGCAGCACUCGUCCGGUCGUGCGGUCAGCCGUGAGGACCUGAUGAUGACCCUUGCCGGCCUGGACAGCGUCAACAUCCGCACCACCUACGACAACCACAUGGUCAGCGUUGCCCUGAGCGACAUCGUCAUGGACACCACCACCGUGGAGUUCAGCCUGGACGGACACGCCAAAGACGUGGAGGAGUGCAGGUGUCCCCCGGGCUACUCCGGCCUGUCGUGUGAGAGCUGUGCCUCCAGGUUUGAGCGGGUGCCAGGUGGGCAGUAUCUGGGCACGUGUGCGGGCUGCAACUGCCACGGCCACGCCAGCGCCUGUGACCCCAUCAGCGGCUACUGCCUGAGCUGUGAGCACAACACGGAGGGUGCUCAGUGUGAGAAGUGUCGUCCAGGCUACUUCGGUGACUCCACACGUGGACGCGCCGACGACUGCAAGCCCUGCCCCUGCCCUUACACCGAGACCUCACGCAGGUUCUCCGACACCUGUUUCAUGGACCAUGAUAACCAGGCCACCUGUGAUGCCUGCAGGCCGGGCUACACCGGCCGCCGCUGCGAACGAUGUGCAGCUGGAUACGUGGGUAACCCUCUGCAGCCCAACGGCAAAUGUGUUCUUGACUCCACUUCCAAAUGUGACGGAAGAGGAACUGUCAGCUCCGUCAACAGCAGACCCUGUCAAUGCAAGGCUAACGUGGCGGGCGCGCUGUGCGACGAGUGCAAGAUUGGCACGUUCCACCUGAGCGGUGCCAACCCUGAGGGCUGCAUGCAGUGCUUCUGCAUGGGCGUCACCAAGCAGUGCGCCAGCUCCAGCUGGACCAGGGACCAGGUGCACGGCGGUGUGAACGGGCAGCUCUUCUCGCUCUCCAACGCCGCCAACAGCCGCAGCAUCACGGAGGGCGUGAGCCAGCGCGGGCCGGCGGAGGUGGUGUACCGCUCCUUCUACACCCUGCCCACAGACAUCUACUACUGGGUGCUGCCCGAGAACUUCAGAGGGGACAAGGUGACUGCGUAUGGAGGGGAGCUACGCUACAAGGUGCGCUACGAGCCGCGUACUCGCACGCAGGUGAUCGACGACAAGCCGGACGUGGUUCUCCAAGGCAACGGCAUCUUCCUGGAGCACUUCUCCCAGAGCAAGCCUCUGCCACGCGUGCCCACCUCCGUGACCGUCACCUUCAGAGAGUCUAACUGGAGGAGAGCUGAUGGAAAGCCCGCCACCAGAGAGCACCUCCUCAUGGCUCUUGCAGACAUCACAGUCUUCAUGAUCAGAGCUACAUAUGCAGACAACAUGGCAGAGAGCAGUCUCUCAGACAUCCAGAUGGACAUUGCUGUGCCACACAACCAGGGCAAUGAAAGAGCAUUGGAGGUGGAAGAGUGUGCUUGCCCCCCUGGCUACACCGGACCAUCCUGCCAGGAAUGUGCGGAGGGCUACUCACGCGCCGGUUCAGGCCUCUACCUUGGCACCUGUGAGAGGUGUGAUUGCCAUGGACACGCCAACGGCUGUAACUCAGAGACUGGAGCCUGCUUGCAAUGCCAGCACAACACUGAGGGGCCCCGCUGUGACAAGUGUAAACUCGGCUUCUACGGCAAUCCUGCAACCGGUGGACCCAACGCAUGCCAACGCUGCCCAUGCCAUCAGCUACCUGGCCAGCCUCCCAUCUCCUGCUCCAGGGGCGGCGAUGGUCUGCCCGUCUGCGAGUGCCCACCAGGCUACACCGGCCGUCGCUGCGAGAGCUGUGCACCUGGAUAUACAGGAAAUCCAUUGAGGGGACAGAGCUGUUCACGAGGCAAUAACGAAGGAGGCUGCUACCAGUGUGACGAGAGAGGAAGUGAAGGCUGCACUGGCAACGGUGCCUGUCGCUGCAAGGCGAACGUGGAGGCCCCAUACUGCGAUAGGUGCAAGCCCAACAGCUUCUACCUGAACCCUCUGAACAAAGAUGGCUGCCUGUCCUGUUUCUGCAUGGGCAUCGUCCAGAAGUGCGAGAGCUCCAACUACUACCGAGACGUGGUGUCCACCUCCUUCUCACCCAGAAACUUCCAGGACUUCUCGCUGGUGAACCGGCAGGGCAGCACGGCGAUCACCAGCGGCUUCAGCGUGGAGGUGUCCACGGAGGGCACGCGUCUCUCCUACAGCCACUUCCAGCACCUGAGCCAGGAGCCACACUACUGGCAGCUGCCCAGCCUCUACAAGGGAGACAAGGGAGGAACCAAAAAAUUGGCUCGACCGAGACGAGCGGCACAGUGGCCGUCGGAUGAGGCGCAGCUGCAGGACGAUGAGAUCUGGGCUCUCCUCUCCGGCUCCCCGGGGGGCCCUCCUGCCCCUCCUGCCCACCUCCUGGGCUCGGGGCCCCAGGCCUCCAGCCUCUCCUCCGGCCGCGCCAAAGCCGUGGGGGCCCCCGGCACCGCCGGUCACCUCCACCGCACCGAGCACUCCGCCUCCGCACAGUCUUCCCCGGUGCACCACGACUCUGGCACCAAAACCAGCGCCAGCGCCGGUUCUGCCACCGGUACCGAGACCGGUUCUCCCUCGCAGGAGAUACUCUUCUGGCGCCUCCCCGAGCUCUACCGCGGGGACCAGGUCGGUUCUUACGGUGGGAAGCUCAAGUACAUCAUCUCAUACGUUGCUGGACAGAGAGGAACACCAAUCGACGAUAUCGACGUCCAGAUUAUUGGAAAUGACAUCACCUUGGUGACAAAGCAGCCUUGGCAGAGAAGCCGCGGUCCGCGGGAGACCCGUCACUUUGAGGUCAUCUUCAGAGAGGAGCACUGGCAGCGUCCGGACGGCAUGCCGGCGACGCGGGAGCACCUGCUGAUGGUGCUGGCGGACCUGGCGGACGUGAUGGUGCGCGCCUCCUACGACACGGAGAUGCGCUCCUCCUCCAUCCACGGCGUCAGCAUGGACGUGGCCGUGCCCAACUUCACCGGCCUGCAGCGGGCAGAGGAGGUGGAGCAGUGCCAGUGCCCGCCCGGGUACCAGGGCCUCUCCUGCCAGGACUGCGCGCCUGGCUUCACCCGCUCUGGUAACGGCCUGUACCUGGGCAGCUGUGAGCCGUGUGACUGCAACGACCACUCAGACACCUGUGACCCCGAGCAGGGCACCUGCACCAACUGCCUGCACAACACCGUGGGGGAUAUGUGUGAGAGCUGUGCCCCAGGAUUCUUUGGCGACCCCACAGCUGGGACUCCAGAGGACUGCCAGCCAUGUGCCUGCCCACACAGUGACCCCGCCAACCAGUUCUCCCCCACGUGUGAGAGUCUGGGCAAUGGAGGCUACCGCUGCACGGCCUGUCAGCUUGGUUACACUGGCCAGUACUGUGAGCGCUGUGCUCCAGGCUACGUGGGAGAUCCUCAAAACAGGCGCCUGUGCCUCCCCUACGACUCGACGGCCAACAUGCUGGUGCGUGUGUACCCUGAGAGUGUGCGGGUGGCUAAGGGCGCUCAGGUGACGCUCAGGUGCCAGGUGAGUGGCGCGCGCCCGCACUACUACCACUGGACACGAGAGGACGGGCGCCCAGUGCCCAGCAACGCCCAGAGACGCAGGCAGGGAGAGGAACUGUACUUCCCCAGUGUCCAGCCCAGCGAUGGUGGAGUCUACAUCUGCACGUGCCGCGACCAGCGCAGCACCAACCACAGCCGAGCUGAGAUCAUCGUCCCCGACUCCUCCAAGCCCAUUGAGGUGUUCAUUGAGGAGCCCAAAGUCCAGAGUGUCAGUGUUGGUUCAGAUGUGAGCUUCAUCUGCACAGCCAAGAGCCAGUCGCCAGCCUACACACUAGUCUGGACCCGUAAGGGCAACGGCAAGCUGCCCAACCGGGCGAUGGACUUCAACGGCAUCCUGACCAUCCAGAACGUGCAGCCGGAGGACGCCGGCGUCUACGUGUGCACGGGCUCCAACAUGCUGGCCAUGGACGAGGGCACGGCCAUCCUCUCUGUCCCAGAAGCGUCUCAGACGCAGAUGUUUUACACAGCCUAUGAAAUGUUUGAAGGCCAUAGGAAGCCUGUGGAGGGCUCCCAGCCUGUGGCCACGGUCCACCCCCCAGUCCUGACACUGCAGCAGGGACAACGAGCCGAGCUGCGCUGCACUGCCACCGGAAGCCCCACCCCCGCCAUCGAGUGGAUAGCGCCGCCGGGCGGCCGCAUCAGCCCCAGCGCGGUCAUCCGCGGGGGAGUGCUGACCAUCUCGUCCGUGGAGCGCUCGGACGAGGGCGAGUACAUCUGCAAGGCCCUGAACAUCCACGGAGAACACACAGCCCACGGGGUCCUCUACGUGCACAGUGCCAGUCUGCCUCAGGUCCAGGUGAGUCCGCAGAACGUGGAGGCCCACGAGGGUCAGACGCUGCGUCUCUACUGCCGUGCGGGCGGCACGCCCAGUCCCGGCCUCACCUGGAAGAAGAGGGGCGGAGAGCUGCCCCCCCAGGCCAUUCCCUCUCACGGUUUCCAUCAGUUUAAAAGCAACAGUCUCGAUGUGUUACAGAGACAAGUAGAGGAGCUGCAGGCUCGUAUGGAGCGCUCGGACAUCGGCACCCUGCUCAUCCCCAACAUCAGGCCGGCGGACUCGGGCACCUACCUCUGCGUGGGCACCAACGCCAUCGGCUCGUCCGAGGCGCGCAUCGAGGUCACCGUGACCAGGGCGGACAACUCUCACCUCACCCAGGAGAUCACCAUCCAGCCGUCCAUCGCGUCGGUGGCCGAGGGGGAGACCCUGGAGCUGAACUGCGUCGUCCCUGGCAACCCUCCUCCCCCCGUCACAUGGCAGAGAGCCACCGGCUACCUGUCCUCCAAUCACCUGGUCCUGGGAACCCAGCUCCUCAUCAUGCAGGCGUCGGAGGCUGACUCCGGGGAGUACAUCUGCCGGGCCAACGGUGGCUCAGGGCUGCGCCAGGCAGCCGUGUCCGUCUCCGUCACCUCCAGCGCCUCCCGUCUCCAGAGCCCCAUUAUCUCUAUCGAGCCCCACAGCGUGGCGGUCAAGCUGGGCGAGUCGGCCAGCUUCAGGUGCCGAGUGUACAGUGGAGCCCAGCCAGUGCGCCUGGAGUGGAAACUGGUCAACAACCAGCCGCUGCCAGAGAAUGCCAAGGUCAGCUCAGACGGCUCCGUCAUCACCAUAGUGAACGUCAUCCCUAGCAACCAAGGCACCCUCCGCUGUGUGGCUAGCAACCUGUUUGGCAUCACACACAGCAUUGUCUCGCUCAUCAUCAAAGAGUCGCCCCGAGCCGUGGUGACCCCGGCGAGCCCGGUGCGGGUGAGGAUGGGCGACCCCAUCAACCUGGAGUGCCAGGCGUCCGGAGAGCCCCGCGCCACCGUCUCCUGGCACCGGCUAGACAGCGCCCGCAGAACACUCAUCAGCAGCCCCGUGCCCAUGGAGACCAACGCCGUCAUGCAGGUGCUGGUGGCGCGGCCGGAGGACAGCGGCACGUACGUGUGUGUGGCGCAGAACAGCCAGGGCACCACGGAGACGCGAGUGGAGGUGCAUGUGGAGGGGGGACCCCAGGUGCCCACCGCCCCCCGCGCCUCCGUCCAGGACCCCCUGAUGGUGGUGGUGGAGGGCCAGACGGCCAUCUUGCGCUGCCACGCCCAAGGGUUCCCCACGCCCUCCAUCUCCUGGUCCAAGCUGCGCGCCCCUCUGCCUUGGCGCCACCAGCUGGUGAACGGCAGCCUGGUGCUGCCCAACGUGGGGCGCCAGGACUCGGGCGAGUACAUCUGCAACGCCACCAACCCGCUGGGCACCAGCGAGGUCACCGUGACCCUGGACGUGGAGACCCCUCCGUACGCCACCACCCUGCCCGACGACGUGCGCGUGCGCGUGGGGGAGGUGAUCCGGCUGCAGUGCCUGGCCCACGGGACCCCUCCGCUGCGCUACCACUGGAGGAAGGUCAACGGCACGCUGCCCUCUCGGGCCGAGCAGAGCGACGGCACGCUCCAGAUCAACCUGGCCUCGCCGGACGACGCCGGCGCCUACGAGUGUGUGGCCAGCAACAGCGUGGGCCACAGCAAGACCACGGCCAACGUCAUCGUGCAGUCUCCCCUGGUGGUGCGCGUGGCCCCUAAGGUGGAGAUGCGUGCUCUGGGCUCGGCGGUGGAGUUCACGUGCGCGGCCAUCGGGGGGCAGGGCAUCCGCCUGCAGUGGCUCAAGGAGGGAGGGGACUUGCCCCCAAACCACCAUGUCAAGGAUGGAGUGCUGAGGAUUGAGAAUCUGGAGCACAGUAAUGAAGGCACCUACAUCUGCAGAGCCAUCAGUGCAUUUGGCCAGGCCCAGGACAAUGCCAAACUAUCCAUUCAAGCUCUGCCCAAGGUGAUGAUAAACGUGCGGACGUCGGUGCAGACGGUGAUGGUGGGCAGCAUGGUGGAGUUUGAGUGCCAGGCCGAGGGGCACCCCCCGCCCACGCUGCGCUGGAGCAAAGUGGGGGGGUCGCUGCCCCCGCACGCCCAGCUCAAGGGCGGCAUGCUGCGCAUAGCGCCCGUCUCCGACGGCGACGGAGGCCAGUACCGCUGCACGGCCACCAACGACGUGGGAUCGGUGCAGUCGCAGGUGGUGCUCAACGUCCAGUCCCUGCCCCAGAUCGCUGCCCAGCCAGAGACCAAGGAGGUGACCAGGGGGUCGGACGCCGUGUUGCCCUGUGUGGCCACCGGGUACCCCACGCCGUCCAUCUCAUGGUCUAAGCUGGACACGGAUCUGCCAGGCAAGUGUUUCCAGGUGGGCCAUGCCCUCACCGUGCCCGCCGUGGGCCACGAGGACUCGGGCACCUACGUCUGCACCGCCGCCAACAAGCAGGGCAAAGUGCAGGCCUUCACCAACCUCACUGUGCACGAGAGGGUAAUGCCUUACUUCACUCAGGAGCCUCUCUCCUACCUGACGCUUCCCACCAUCAAGAACGCCUACAAAUCCUUCAGCAUCAAGAUCACCUUCAGACCCGACAAUGUUGAUGGUCUCCUGCUGUAUGCUGGCAUGAUCCUGUAUAACGGCCAGAAGAGGACCACCGGGGCCGACUUCAUCUCCCUGGGACUGGUGGGGGGACGGCCAGAGUUCAGGUUUGAUGUGGGCUCAGGCAUGGGUCACAUCCGCUACCCGACUCCCAUCCGACUGGGCGAGUUCCACACGAUCGAGCUGCUGCGGAACCACACGCUGGGCUCCCUCAUCGUGGACGGAGAACCGGCCAUCAACGGCAGCUCACAGGGCAAGUUCCAGGGUCUGGACCUAAACGAGGAUCUGCAUGUUGGCGGCUACCCCAACUACAGCCAGCUGGCCAAAACAGCUGGUCUUAAGACAGGCUUUGUGGGUUGUAUCCGUCAAUUGAUCCUACAAGGAGAGGAGGUGAUCUUUAAAGAUCUGGACCGCAGCUCCACUGGAGUCUCCAACUGCCCCACCUGCGAAGACCUACCCUGCCAGAACGGUGGAGUGUGCCAUGACUCUGACGCCAGCCUGUAUAAAUGCUCUUGCCCACGCGGCUUCAAAGGCAGCAACUGCCAACAUCACGCUUCCGUGCACUGUCACACAGAGGCCUGUGGCCCCGACGCCACCUGCAUCACCAGGCCCAACGGUCUGGGCUACGACUGCCGCUGCCACCUGGGCAAGUCAGGAGACAAGUGCAUGCAGGGCACGCUGGUGACGGUUCCGUGGUUCCUGAACAGCGACUCGUACAUCGCCUACCCGCCGCUGACCAACAUCCACAACGACCUGCGGGUGGAGCUGGAGUUCAAGCCCACGGCGCCCGACGGCCUCAUGUUCUUCUGCGGGGGCAAGAAGAUGAAGACCGAGGACUUUGUGGCCGUGUCCAUGGUGGGCGGCCACGUGGAGUUCAGAUACGAGCUGGGCUCAGGCCAGGCGGUGUUGCGGAGCCAGGAGCCGGUGACUCUGGGGGAGUGGCACCGCGUGGCGGCGGGCCGGCUCAACAAGGACGGGGCUCUGAAGGUGGACGAGGAGCGGGAGAUCAAGCGCGCGUCGCCGGGCAAGUCCCAGGGCCUCAACAUCCACACGCCCAUGUACCUGGGGGGCGUCCCCAGCACGGACAUCCUGCCCAAGCCCGCCAACGUCAGCAUGCUGUUCCAGGGCUGCGUCGGAGAGGUGAUGAUCAACGGGAAGAAGGUGGACCUGUCGUACAGCUUCACUGAUAGUCGGGGCAUUGCCCAGUGCCGUGAUGGCAGCCCCUGUGAGCGCCGGCCGUGCCUCAACCAGGGCACCUGCCUGACCAACGCCGAGUACGAGUACCAGUGUGUGUGCCGCGAUGGCUUCGAGGGGGAUCGCUGUGAGGUGGUGAGAGACGUCUGCACGCGCAGCUCCCAGUGCCAGAACGGCGGCAAGUGUGUGAGCGGUCAGUGCAUGUGUCCGGCCGGCUACUCUGGACUCCUCUGUGAGGAAGGAGAGGUGUUGAGCGUGCCCGAGGACAUGUGGAAGGAGGAGGGCAGCGGGGAGAAUGACUCUCCCAUUCAGUACUCGGCCUAUUUCCACGACGAUGGCUACCUCGCUCUUCCCAAGCCAAUGUUCCCUCGCAGCUCUCCAGACAACCCUGAGACCAUCGAGCUGGAGAUCCACACCACCUCAGGGGAGGGACUCAUCCUGUGGCAGGGAGUGGAGCAGGUUGCUGCUCCCCGCAAGCUGCAUGCUAAUAGAAAGAGUUCCAACCUCCGUAAGCAGAGCCACACGCACGAGCUUGGGGAUGAAGGGAAGGGCAAGGACUUCAUCAGCCUCGGAUUACAAAACGGUCGCGUUGUCUUCAGCUACCAGCUGGGCAGUGGAGAGGCAGAGAUCAUGUCCAGAGAUCCCAUCAACGAUGGCCACUGGCACAAAAUCACUGCAGUCAGGACGGGGAAGCAGGGUUAUAUUCAGAUAGAUGGACGAUCCAUGGCAAGGGGUCAGUCUCAAGGCAAGAGCAUCAUGGUCAACACUAAAGGAAACAUAUACCUCGGUGGAGCCCCUGACAUGAUAGCCCUGACGGGGGGCAAGUUCUCCUCCGGGGUGACGGGGUGUGUGCGGAACCUGUCUCUGAUGAACGCGCGGCCGGGGGAGCACAAACACACACCCAUCGACCUGCGGGUGCACGCCGAGGAUGGAGUCAACGUGGAGCGCUGCGUCUCAUAAACUCCCACUCUCACAGAGACUUCCGAACAAUCACACACACACACACACACACACACACACACACACGAGCACGCACACACGCGCGUACACACACUUUCAUAUCUGACAACACACACACUCCUCCCACACUAACAUACCCACACACACACACACACACGCAUACAAACACACACUCACUAACACAAAUAAUCACAUUCACACACAGACACACGUACAGUACACACACACAAACACACACAGAACACUCAUUAACAUCCAAAGAUCUCACACACUGACAAUCAUGCUGUUCCAUGAAAAAAAAAACACAAAGUGCUUUGCUGCUACCAAAGGAAAGCAAGUCAGGAAGCACAGACACACGCACACACACUCUCAUUCACUCACACACACGCACACACACACACACACACAAACACACACAGUACGACACUCAAGGAGCUCUGACUCUCCGCGCUUGCAGUCAACCAACAGAAGAGAUGAAAUAUGAGAUAUGAGAUGAUAAUAUUAACAAGUCUUCACUUCCUCAGUGUUGUAUUCUCAGUGGAAGACAUCACACAAGGACAGCUUACUCAGCCAUGAGAGAGAGAGAGAGUGCGUGUGAAAGAGAGAGAGAGAGAGAGAGGGAGGGAGGGAGAGAGAGAAGAGAGAGAAAAGAAACCAUGGAUGAGUGUGAUGGGCCUUCUACAUGGGUCAGAUCCUAUGGAGUCAGAAACGUUGUUACAGCACUGAUUUUUUUUUAAUUUAUAUUCAUAUAGAAAUAUAUAUUAUAUGUGGGGGGAAAUGCUAACUAACCAUAAACUGCUCCUCUGUUAGCCUGGAAGUGAUUCUGGGUGCUAAUAUUUGCUUGUGAGAAUGGGGUCUGUGUGUGUGUGUAUACGGUGUUGUGUGCAUUUUGAUGUAUGUGUGUUGCUGCGUAAGGUGUGUGUGUGAGUGUGUGUGUGUGUGUAUGUGUGUGUGUGUGUGUGUGUGGGUCUGAGCUCGCAGGCUAAUCUGUUUUUACUUGAAAAUGAUGCAGCCUUUUCUUUUCUUCUUCCUUCCUUUCUUUACUUCUGUCCUUAAUUCCAGAGCUGAGAUAGAAGAGCAGGCUCUUAGACUUAACGUGUGAGGGAGGG